CAUAAUAUGUCAACAUAACAUGAAAAUAGAUACAUUUAUCCCUACUUUCAACCCUCCAAAUAAAUCAUUAUUUGAUCAGUACGAACUGGUCAUUCGUUACCUCUCAAUGAGUUCACUCAAAGGAAGCUGCAUCUUUGCCUUCAUCAAGUUUUCAUCAUCAUCCAGUGUAUCCUGGCACUGGGCAUGCUCCUGGCUCCAUCAGCAUCCCCCUUUACUAACAGAGGGCACUAAAGGAAAUGUGAGGAAAUAGCGGGAGCACGAAGGAGAGUAACGACCGACAACAGAUUUCGGACAUUUGACAUCCGCUUGCGUACAAGUCCUCCGUAGAAAUCAGUAAGAGGCUGUCACACACAAUAAAUCAGGAUUUCUUUUUAUGUUGUUAAUUUUUUAGCAUUAAUAUCAGUGAAAAAGUGCGGAACCCCAUUGCAUCGCUGCAUCCUCCCCUAUGUACCGAGAUCCCAGCGGAUGUAAAUAUUACCACAGAAAUGGACGCUUAAGGAUUAAUUAAGACUUUUACGAUACUCGUGUGUGUUCGAAACGUGCUUUUUACUCGUAUGUGUCUUACCGAGUGCAAUCAAUGCAAAAAAAGUAUAUCACUCGCCUAGUGUGUAAUAAAUCCUACAAAACUGCCGGACUUACGAGAAAAAUAGCAUUGUAAUGUCAACAGCCAAAAGGCUUGUUUUAUCCCUACGUGGUCGAAAGGAAUCUCAAAGUACAACAGGGACCUCAUCUACACGUUUAGUUUCCGCAAAUAGUUUCUCCCCAGGUCAUGAACUAGGUGAUAUAGCCGUUGUUUGCGGUAGUGGAGACUCGUCACAUAUUCUUUAUAAUGGGCCGUUUGCCAAUUCAAAUGGUACACGACAUAUGGCUGAUGUAGGCUGCAAAUUCAAUAUGUCAAGAUCGCAUCUUGGUCAGAGUGCAUCACAUCAAGGUUUUUUCACAUCUCAUGAUAGUUUAAAUGCACUAUGUGCAACGGACGCCGCACAUCCUUGCGUAUCGACGGCUGCUUCCGAAAUGGAUCUAACACGAAAAAAUCGCAGAAAGGAAACAGAAGGAUUAAAGGCGGGCGUGAAACCGCUACUAGGUUCUUGGAACCGAUCACGUGAUUCACAGGGCAAUAUCGCUGGACCGGCUGGGUCUACAAACCACUUUACUACGGGUAGUGAUUGCAACGGAACGGAGAGCAGGCUCGAGGCCGGUACAUCUUGUUCCACGUCAACUCAUCAACGCGGCAUGCACGUCACCACAACCUCGUCAAAAUUUACAUUUAUUUUCGACCCUGCAGGUCGCCUUUGUUACUACUGGUCAAUGAUUGUGAGCCUUGCAUUCCUCUACAAUUUCUGGGUGAUCAUCUAUCGUUUUGCGUUCCAAGAGAUCAACGGGCAGUCGAUUAUCGUUUGGUUCUGCUUGGAUUACUUUUCGGAUUUCCUGUAUUUAGUAGAUAUCCUUUUUCAUUUUCGUACUGGUUACUUGGAGGACGGCGUGCUGCAAACGGAUGCCACGAAACUUCGACAGCACUACAUGAAUUCAACCACGUUUUAUAUAGACUGCCUUUGCUUACUGCCAUUGGAUUUUUUGUAUCUAUCAAUUGGAUUCAAUUCCAUUUUGCGAUCCUUUCGCCUCGUCAAAAUAUAUAGAUUUUGGGCCUUCAUGGAUCGCACCGAACGCCAUACAAAUUAUCCAAACCUGUUUCGGUCGACAUCACUGAUACAUUAUCUGUUGGUGAUUUUCCACUGGAAUGGCUGCCUUUAUCAUAUAAUACAUAAAAAUAAUGGUUUUGGCUCACGAAAUUGGGUGUAUCACGAUUCUGAGUCGGCCGAUGUGGUGAAGCAGUAUCUGCAGAGCUACUAUUGGUGUACCCUCGCGCUAACUACGAUUGGUGAUCUGCCAAAGCCAAGGUCUAAAGGCGAAUAUGUCUUUGUGAUACUACAAUUACUCUUUGGGCUAAUGUUGUUCGCAACUGUAUUAGGACAUGUGGCGAAUAUUGUGACAUCUGUAAGUUCGGCUAGGAAGGAGUUUCAAGCCAAACUCGAUGAUGUCAAAACUUACAUGCGCAUGCGGCGCGUACCAAAUCAUCUUCAAGUCAAGGUUAUAAAAUGGUUCGAUUAUCUCUGGCUAACACAAAAAUGUUCGGAUGAAGAACGAGCUGUAUCUUGUCUUCCCGACAAAUUAAAGGCUGAAAUCGCUAUAAAUGUUCACUUAGAUACACUUAAGCGUGUUGAAAUUUUUCAAAAUACCGAAGCCGGGUUUCUUUGCGAAUUAGUACUUAGAUUAAGGCCCGUCUUAUUUUCUCCGGGCGAUUACAUAUGCCGAAAAGGCGAAGUUGGAAAGGAAAUGUACAUAGUGAAUCGAGGUCGGCUACAAGUGGUUGCCGAUAAUGGUAAAACUGUUAUGGCUUCGUUGAAAGCUGGAUCAUAUUUUGGAGAAAUUAGUAUACUCAAUAUGGGAACAGAAGAAAUUUAUUUUCCAUUCACAGGAAAUCGCAGGACUGCCAGUGUUCGAUCCGUAGGAUACAGCGAUCUAUUCGUACUUAGCAAAAAGGACAUGUGGGAUGUAUUGAAAGAGUACCCAGCGGCAAGAGUGAGAUUGGAAUCAAUUGCGGUUAAGCGCUUAGAAAAGUAUAAGAAGGCACCGUUCGAAAAAGUUGCAAUGGGUCGGUGCCAGUCUACCCCGGGCUUGGUUGAGAGCGGAGGACGUACGACACUGGAGGACAUGUGGUUACCUCCCGUAUCACCAGCUGUUUGUAACCAGUCCUCGCAAAGCCAAGCUGCUAGCCCAAAGUCGCAACACACGACAAUAGAACACCCCAGGGCUGUAGACUCUACACGCUCAAUAAGCCCCAGCACCCAUAGCUCAGACGAUCGCCCCAGGAGUCGAACUGCUUCCUUUCACUCUAGACACCACUCGCAAACCGUUCGAAGCGGUGAAUCAAUUUUACACUUCGGCUCCGGAGAUGGCGGUGCAACUCCCCUUCUUGGCUCCCAUGAAGCUCUCGAGGAUGAAAUAAAGCGCCUACGUGCCCGCCUUCAUACGGUGGAGGCUGAAAAUCAAGCUUUAAAUACAAAAUUAUCACAGCAACAAUGGAAUUUGGAGAACCGAUUAGCGGAAAUAGAAAUGCAAAUUCGUGGACCAUCGUCUGCAUCCAGUAUGGAUCCUGAAAAUGAGACUGAAGAGCUCGAACGCAACCGCGAAAGUAUUAUAUAACACGGAAGCGAGCUGCCCCUAUCGAUGGGGAUUCGGUAUGUCACAUGCGUAUCGUGACAGUUGAAUGAUCCCAUCGUUUGUCAGAUUUCUCCUUUCAAAGAAGGGAGGAAUGUGCUGACACCAAAAUCACUGGGCAGCCAUUUUGUCUUUAAUUUGACGAUAAAAAUAAUAUUUAAUGUUAAUUAAAUGAAUUUAGGUAAUAAUAAUAACUAUUCAUUACUAUCAAAACCCAUUUUAGAAAAAGAAAAAAAUCUUAAAACGACUUCCACAAUUUAAGAUGCCAACCCAGUAAUUUCGUAAAUUUAGAGUACAUUUUACAAAAACCAAAAAUAUAUGUACAUAAGAACGAUAAAA